GGUGGGUCUGGAGCUGCUGCGGCAAGAGAAAGGCGCCGACAUGCGCAUCGCCGAGCGCUCGCUGGACGGCGCACUGCCGCAGGCUCCGGCGGCCGCCGCAGGAGCAGGUCCUGCGGGGGCAGUGCCGGCUCCCAGCCGCCUCGGCCGCGGCGGCGCCGAGGCCGCCGGCGGAGGCCCUCCGGAGAGGCCCCAGCGGCAAGGGCGCUGGCAGGAGCGCGGCCAAGGAUGCAAAGUCUUGAUCGAUGGAUCCUGGACCAUCGGCAAGCUUGUCGAGCAGAGUGGCGACAUGUGCUUCGUCAGCAUAUACUCCAGCAACAAGCAGGUGAGGACCAUCCAGGUGCCGCGCAACCGGCUGUUGGACUUGAAGGGGCACCCGUUCUUUCCGGAUUCCCAGGCUGGCGAGCCGAAGCAGAGGCCUGCCGGUCCUUCGGCGGCACAGCCGAGGGGAAGACCGAGUUCGAGCGCUGCUGUCGAAGGCGCGAGGUCGGUGCUCGACGUGAUCGACUGCGCCGACUCCGAGUGAGCUGCCCUGCCUCUUCUGCGUCGGGGCGCCGCCGUGGCGAUAGGCCUGCGUCUCCAGUGGUUCUCGGAGGUGUGUCGCGGUGCGCAGCACAGUCGGCGGCAUCUCGACAUCUUCGGAAUAGCUGGAGAAGCGGGCCUCCUGACAGCCAGGCCUCCGGCUUCAUGGCCGCAUUCGCUUUCAUUCGUAGAGGCGCGCUGUUUCAGGAGGCCGCGCCGGUGCUGCAGCUGUGCCAGCAGUGGGUACACGCCGCGCUGGGACGCUCAGUGUGUAGAGUCGCUCGCUGCACUCGCCGCGCGAGACGGCAGACUCAAGUAGGGGCAGUAGGGCCAAUGCGCGACCAUUGCGAUGCGAACGGUUGCCCAGCAGCCACAGGCGGGAGCUG